GUCCAAAUACUCCUAAUCAAACAAAUAUCUCAACCUCUCUUAGGGCUCUUCUUCUUGAAUAGGGUUCUUGAAAUUGAGUGAAAAAAUUAAAGAAAAUGGUUAGAGAAGGUGAGGAAGAAGAAGAGAUGAUGAUGAUGGUGGCAACGAAACCUGCAUGGCUUGAAGGAUUGAUGGCAGAAACGUUCUUCGCGAGCUGUGGAAUCCACGAGACUCGCCGUAAAAGCGAGAAGAACGUCUUUUGCUUACUCUGCUGUCUCAGCGUUUGUCCUCACUGUCUCCCUUCCCAUCGCUCUCAUCCUCUUCUUCAGGUGAGACGAUACGUAUACCAUGACGUCGUUCGGUUGAGUGAUCUUGAGAAGCUCAUAGAUUGUUCAUAUGUUCAGCCAUAUACAAUUAAUGGAGCCAAAGUGAUAUUCAUAAACCAAAGACCACAAUCAAGAGCUAAGGUGUCUUCAAAUGUUUGCUUCACUUGUGAUAGAAUCCUCCAAGAACCAUUCCACUUUUGUUCACUCUCCUGCAAGGUGGAUUACUUAUCAUACCAAGGAGAUGAUCUAUCAAGCAUUCUCUAUAGAAUCGAUGAAUCUGAUUUCACCUUCGAGGGUUUGAGAAUGGACGGUCAAGAUCAUCUCGAAGAGAUAUCGACGAUGGAGGAUUCAGAGGAUAUGAUGGUCGCCAUUUCAGAUCAAUCGGAGCAAGGUAACAAUAGUAGUAAUAAGAGAGAGAGGAAGAAGAAGAACAAGAACAAGAAGCAAGAGAGCAACAGCUACUUGCCAGGGAUGGUUCUACUUGGUAAUAGAAGGAAAGGUGCUCCUCAUAGAGCUCCUUUUUCAUAAAUAAUAAAAAAUUUCAUAGGCAAAAAUAAGGGGAUUUAUAUAAAAAGAAAUAAGCAUUUUAUAUUUCUAUAUAAUAUGUAAUCUUUUGUUAGGUAUAUGU